AUGCGCGAUUUAUUUGUACCAUGGAUUCCAUGGGAUAUUCCAACAUGUGAAGGUGAACAAUCAUAUUUAACACAUACAUAUCGACAUCAACGAUUUUAUGUAUGGUUAUGUGCAAUGAAUUAUACAAAAAAUGAAUUAUUAAUAAUUCGUACAAUACGCUGGACACAAACAAUUGAAAUCGAUGUUAAACCUAAUCUUUAUCGCGGAAUACGAGCUAAACUUAUAAGUAAUUCUGAACCAGAUCAACCUAUUUUUCUUAAAAGAAAUAUAUUUAUUCCAUCGUGUGCUUUACAAGGACCAUCAGCAAAUAAUGCACAAUUACUCAUAUGGAGACCAACAAAAGGUGAAUCGAUUGUUGUCGUUAAUCCAAAACAUCACGAUAAUAGUACAAUAAAAUAUUUAUGCCUUUCGACAAAAACUAGUACAAAUUCAGGUGGUGGUGGUGGUGGUGAAACAAUGACAAGUGAUAUGUCAUCACAAUCAGCAGCAAAUAAUUUUUAUCAAAAUAAUAAUAAUAAUAGNCUCUAUCUAAAUCAAAGGUCAUAA